AUGUCAUUUAAUAGGGAAUCUGAUCAGAAGCUGAAGUUCAAGACUUCUCAAAAGCUUAAAGUCUCGGCUAGCUUUGAGUCCAUGCAAUUAAAUCCUUUACUAUUGCAAGGUAUUUAUAGUAAUGGGUUCGAAGCACCUUCUGCUAUUCAAUCGAGAGCCAUUACUCAGAUCAUAUCAGGUAGGGAUGUCAUUGCACAGGCACAAUCUGGUACUGGUAAGACAGCUACCUUCACUAUCGGAAUGCUACAAGUUUGUAAUUUCAAGAGUAGCGAAUUACAAUGUUUGAUUUUAUCUCCAACCAGAGAAUUAGCCUCACAGAUCAAUCAAGUGGUAUGCAACAUUGGUGAUUAUCUUAAUGUCAAGAGUAUGGCUGUUGUUGGUGGUAAGACUAGUGCUUCUUCGAGUAAAAAUAAAAAUGAUCUAAAUUUAUUGCGAAACAACAAAUGUCAUAUUGUUAGUGGGACGCCCGGUAGAGUAUUGGAUCUGAUAAAGAGACAAGUGAUAAAUACUAAAAAAGUGAAAAUUUUAGUGUUAGAUGAAGCAGAUGAACUGUUGGCCGAAUCUCUAGGUUUCAAACAACAAAUUUAUGAUAUCUUCACCAAAUUGCCAAAAACUUGUCAAGUAGUUGUUGUAAGCGCUACAAUGAAUAAAGACAUUAUUGAAGUGACCAAGAAGUUUUUAAAUGACCCUGUUAAGAUCCUUGUGAAACAGGAUCAAAUAUCAUUGGAAGGUAUAAAACAGUAUCACGUCAAUGUAGAUAAAGAAGAGUGGAAAUUUGACACUUUGUGUGACUUGUACGACUCGUUGACGAUAAAUCAAUGUGUGAUAUUCUGUAAUACAAAGAAAAAAGUCGAUUGGCUUUCAUCGAAGUUGUUACAGGCUAAUUUCAGUGUUGUGUCGAUGCAUGGUGAUAUGAAGCAAGAGGAAAGAGACAAAAUCAUGAACGAUUUUAGAUCUGGCCAUUCCAGGGUCCUGAUCUCUACAGAUGUCUGGGCCAGAGGUAUUGAUGUGCAGCAGGUAUCUUUAGUCAUCAAUUAUGAUUUACCGGAAAAUAUGGAAAAUUAUAUUCAUCGUAUAGGUAGAUCUGGUAGAUUUGGUAGAAAAGGUGUUGCAAUCAAUUUUGUAACCAAGGAUGAUGUAAAAUUGCUGAAACAAAUCGAGAGGUUCUAUCGUAUCAAGAUUAAGGCAAUGCCUGCCGAUUUGUCACAGCUGUCAUAA